AGGCGACAAAAACAAGAUGGCGACUGGAAGGAGUCUUCCUGUCAUCUUCAAAAAAUUCGAUAGAAGCGUCGAUCCGUGGUCGCUAAAAACCGCUGAAGUGUCACGCAGAUGUCGAGUGUUGGCAUUCCUUGGCUUUGAUCAAACACUACAGCUUUGGAACCUGAAGAGCGAUGCAAAAUGCGCCCUUCCGAGUGUCAAACAGUAAGCUAUGUUUUUGAUAACUCAGGAUAUCUUUAGUAAUGAUACUUUAUUUGGUAAAAUUUGCGUACAGCCUCAUUUGUUAUGCGCGCAGCACUAUGUUACUAUCUCGUACGAAUAAGUUAAUAUGUAAUAAGCUUAAAUGUAUAAUAUUAUGCUUCGCGGCAAUCUUAUCUAGAAAAUUGCUCAUGAAAAUUAUUAAAGUAAGAUACCAGCUGGGUAUACUGAGAUAUGAAGUAGUAAAUGAUAAAAAAAGGAAGAAAAGACAGAAAGGAAGAGAGAAAUGGGCAGCGUGAUCACUAAAAGUGUCUCUGAGUACCCUGUGUAGCUGCAACCCAUGAUUCAUAGAUCAUUUGAAACUGGGAUAGGUUGUCCAGCAACACCAGGGGAGGGGGUGUGCCACUAUGAGAUGGUUGGAAGUAGCACGUCAAUUACAAGGUUCAAACUGUAGUGGAAUCAGCAGCCCUUUGCAGCUUGCUUGAACCUCAUUUUUAUGACCCAGGCUGUAUUUUUAGUUGUAAUACCAUAUGCAGUGUGAUUUACAAGAAUUUUAUAAAGUUAAUAAUGAAGGAAAACAACAGGGAAGUCUUGCCUUAUUGCCCCUGGUACAAGACAAACAGCAUUUGCUCACUAAUCAGAACUUGAAAAAAACUUGAAUUCCAGCUUGUCCUUUGAGCAAGCAGCGAUCACAUUUUCCUGGCCCAGGGCCACUUUUUGCUAGACUUAGUUAAUGACUUUAUUAAGCUCGGUUUCCAUAUGAUCACUGCGAUCACUGAAAAAAUAGUUUCAGCAAUCGUUGCAAUUGAUGGUUUCCAUAUAAUGGCUGCUAUGUGAUCACUGAGAAAGUAUUGAGGGGACCUGGGUCUGACAACAUCGUUUACACCAUUCUUCAAAUUCAACACUGGUACUACCUCUCAUCCAGAACCAGAUGGCACAGAUUUCUUUAAAAAUCUCCCAUAGCCUGUUCUUGUGUUUUUAACUUUUUUCUCGGCCUGAUCAGGUUCUCAUGGUGGCAGCCAUCUUGAAACGGGUGAGCGUACGCAUUGCAUACUGGUCUUUUUGCUGUCGCUGCAAUUGCUAUGAUCGCUGGAGAGUGGUUUCCCUAUAAUCACUGUGAUCACCAUGAUUGCUGAGAAAGAACUUUCUCUAUCUCAGACAUCUCAGUGAUCGUUGUUGCUACGAUGGCUGUGAUCGCUACGAUAACUGGAGAGUGGUUUCGAUAUGAUUGCUACUAUUGCUGAACCUUUUUUUCUAGCAAUCGCAGUGAUCACAGCAAUCAUACAUGUAUGGAAACCAGGCUUUAGAGAUGACUUGCCUGGACCCUUUCCCAUAGGGCAAGUAACUAGCUUUGAAAGUUUCUUGCACAGCAAGAAAACCUUCUUAUCCUAGGCUAACAGAUGGGACUUUUUUUAAGCGCUAAUUAUUCACCUUUUGUGAAGAUUUAGGUGGAGUUUGUGUCAAGACUGUGUGAAUGAAAGUGUUCAGCCUGACUUAUCAGAAGACCAUUUUGCUGCAGUAAAGUCAGAUGCCAGUAUAGAAUUAUAUUCCAUUUCUAAAGCUUUUGAGGAUUUAUCGGUUACCUGUGAUGCUGUUGUUGCUAAAGACCUGCUGAAAGGGCUUCUACAUGAUAGAGGAAAAGGUAUGAAAAUCUGUGGAUUAAAAAUAAUGUUAUUGACAUUAACAGAUUUUUAUGUCAAGAAAGUCACAAUUUUGUAGCCACAUUAAGCGAGGGAAAUGGGACAUUUUUCUUUUUUCUCCUCUUUUAUUCUCAUUAUCAUACAAAAAAUACGUUCCAGGGUUUGGAAAGGUAAUCUGUAAAUAACAUUUAUAUGAUGUAAGAAUAUUAUCGACAGUCUGAAAUUCUCAGUUCCUCUCGAGUGCCACUAGAUACAAAAUAUUAAUUUUUGCCCUUACUGCUUUCUCAACCUUGUUCCCAUGGUCCUCUCAGUGGAGGACCAAGAGGGGGCCCUGGGAGCAAGAUUGACUGCUUCUUGAGAGCGAGCUUUUCCUGAUCGGGCAAUAUGUCAGAAAUCUCUGUUUUAAAAUAAUCGCUGUAUGGAAAGCUGUUGUGAGCUAUGUAAACAGGUCUGCAAAUACCUCUACUUAAAGGGGUUUCUUUGUUGUUGACAGAUUGGCUUGGUGAUGAAGUAGACCUUGUUUUCGUAAGCACAAGCGUGGAACCAGUGAGACAUGAGAUAACUCUACUGCUAGAUAAGACAUUUGUGGCUGUGUUGUCUUUGACCAAGAGCAUCACUGCCGUAUCAGUUUGCUUUGAUAUAAAACAAUCUGUGAGAAACACAGACAUUGUCCAGUCAGGGCUGGUUAAAGUAGUUAGGAGGAGUCACAAGUUCAUUUUCACUCUACUGUCCAAUGGUGUUGUGCGUAUCCUUUUACUACCACUAAUUUUACAGUCUGAAAUUGAAAAGAGAAAUAAUUAAAGCAAAGAUCAGGGAAUUAUUGAGUGCAUAGGCAAAUCUUUGUCUGUAUUUUUUUGCCUCGUUUAGAAUAUGCUUAUCAUUCUCUAGAGGAUCAAACCAUGAGAAUAACAUCCUUGAAUAUUGAAAGAGUGUAGCAAUAUUAGUAAUCUCUCCUAGCUGGUGGGAUGCCAACCAGUUGGCUAUUUACAAGUAUGGAAGAGGAUUUGAACUUGGCAUUAUCAAGAACAAAUCCAGCUAGCAGUCAGAGAAGAAAUUGAACACAGGCCUUCUAGAUUGCUGGUUCAGGCUCUGGUCGCUUGGCCCAUCCUGGUUCCCAGGCUUCUCCUUGUAAGCAGGGAACCUGAGUGAACCCUGAGAACUAGGUUGCACUUGGCCAUGCUGUGUCCCAGGGACAGUUGUAUUGAAUGUACUAUUUUGUGGUUGUAAAAUGUAGAUAUUUAUUUUUGGGCGAAAAUGUGCCUUUUGGUACCUGAUGUAUCUUCUGUUUUAUGUGUUCUUGACAUUUAAAGUAAUUCACAACUUGAAUAUUUUUAUUGGUUCAGUUGAUGUGUGGAUGCCUGACAAUUUUAUUAUGCAAGGUUUGUAGCUGACUGUAACACUUUGUUAUAAGACGAAAGAUUUUGUUGGCUUUUAAUACUUCCCAUAAUAGUUACCACCAAUCAGUUUAAAAGUAGCUAAAAGUAUUUUGAUAAAGAUGAGAUGAUGAAUUUUUAACUGAAUUUUAUUGCUGGAAAAAGAAAACAUAACCAUACUGUUCAGGUUAUAGUUAUUAAAUAGUCACUAAAACUGGGAAAGGUGGCUUAGCAUUAAGAUAUAUUGUUUUAAAGUUUUUAUGCCUUCAAUAUACAACUAUCAAUAAGUUAGAUAGCUUAUUUUAGCUACAUGUAACAUGCAGCCAUGGGGCUGAAUGAAAUAGUAAUGCACUUAAAAUGGUCACAAAAUCUUACAUUUUGAUCCAGCUGAUGUAAAAGGAACUUACAGUAGCCUUUGAAGUGAAUGACAUAUUCUGUUUUAUUUCAGAUUCUGCAAAAAUUCAUCCAAGACCAGUAUUUUCUCACCUGGAAGUCGCUGAUGAUCUUUCCUUUCUUGUGUGUGCUGAUGAAGCAAACAACAUCUAUUUAAUAAACCUUGAUGUGUAUUUUAAAGAUUCUCCUUCUCAGCUUGUUUCUGCUGGCUUUGUUGGAAACCUGUCUUCGUCAAUAGGAAAUGUUAAGUUUCAGUAUGAACCUGAUGAUGAAGAUGCAGUUGCCCGGGUUUCUCACAUGUCCGGGAUAAUAUACGGUGACAGAGUGUGGAAAACUGAGUUACUGGCCUUUAGAAGUGAUGCAAAGAAACAAGGAUGCUUGAGCAGCGUUUCAGGUUACAAUUAUACCUCUAGCCUAAUUAAUUUUGUUGUGUGUGUUAAAUUCCAGACCCUUUCCAUUAUUACGUUAACUCCUUCCUCCUCUUUGAAUUUUUUGCAUUAACAUUGUCUAAUUUAGUGUUUGACUUUCAGUUUCAUGUUUAUUAUAAAGAUAUCAUUUCUCUGAAAAUCUGGAUUUAUUGAAAAACGAGCAGCAGUGUUACUAUUUCCAUGAAUCUUUAUGAUUCAUCUGCUGUAUAAUAUUACCAAUAAGUAAACUAGCGUGAGGCUAUGUGGUUAGCGACAGGGAUUUGAGGUAUGGGUUUAGUCCCAGAAAAGCAAUAAGAGAUAGCUACACCAGAACUUCGCCCAGUCUUUACAGGACACCCCACUAUUAUGUCCAUGUAUUGACAAGGAUGGAAAGAGUCAAUGUAGAGCAACGUUUUGUGCAGAACACUGACAUAAUGGUUUAAAAAUAAAUAAAUAUAUAAAUAAUGAUUUGGAGGUAGCACAUACACAAAGUGGUUCUUCUUCUACCUGAUUCCUGGUCAAACUGGAAUUUGGAAAUGUUGGUUCUUGAGGAGAGGGGAAAACCGGAGUACCCGGAGAAAAACCUCUCGGAGCAAAGGAGAGAACCAACAACAAACUCAGCCUUCAUUUGGCCUCGACACUGGGAUUUGAACCCGGGCCGUACUGGUGGGAGGCGAGCACUCUCACCACUUAACUUAGUAUUAUUUUAAUGAUUGUUGUUUUUGUUUCCAUUACAUACAGACAACAGUCCAGUGUGUGAUUCAGCUGAGAAGAAUCGAUGGUUUUCUCAUUUAGUGGGUCCUGGAGAUGGACAUCUCUUGGGUACAUUCACAUCAUGUCAUAAACUGCCAUUCACAAGUUGCAGCAGAGUGUCAGGGUUUAGAGGAAAACAAGCAGAAGCUGCAGCUGCAGCUCUUGAAGGUGAAACUAACACUGAAUGCCGCCAGAAAGUGCUCUUCUUUCGUCAUGAGGCCUGGAUGGAAGUGUUCGACUUAGAUGGAAUUUUCAUCACCCCAGCAUCAUUUUUGUUGAACUUUAAGUCAAAGCAACUGAGUGAAACAGAAGAACAGUCUUAUGAUGACUCGUAUGGAAUGCUAUGUCUCUACCUGUUCAACACAAAGGAGUAUGUUUAUCACAGGUUGUCAGAAUCUUCCCUGAUCGUGCGAUGUUGUGAAACAACCUACCCACCAUUACUGCUGACAAGCAAAUCACUUGCUGUACCUGUAUUUGAUAUCACGCAAGAUCAACUUGUACACAAGGUGAUGUAUCUCUUAACUGGCUCAAAGAAGUGUGACAUAAGACAUAAAUAUAAGCCUACACAAUUAUAUAUUCAAGGAAGCUUAAAACUCACUUUGGAUGGGCAAAAUUAUCAUGCAAAAACACGAAACAUUUUAUCGCCAUAGUCAAAUUCCACCAAUUCAACAUCAUAACAGUGUCGGUUAGUCAGAUCUUGGAACUUGUACCAAAGUAUAAAUACAAAAUUGGUUAAAUUGCAGAGAAAGUACCUUCCUCAUUUUAUCACUGGUCUUGUUUUAGGUAAUUAUGUAUGAAAAUGCGGGCCUAGCUGACUCAUUGUGCUUUGCAAAUCAGUGGGAUCACUGUACCAUUCCAAUUCAUGCUUUAGAAGUGGCCUUGAAACUACGACAACUUGACACUGUUGCCUUCUUUUUAAAGAACCAGGACAAAGGUAAUGCUGCAUGGGUAUGAAGAAUCCAGCAAGCUGUAGCUUAGUUAGCUCCUGCUUGAUGAUUUUUGCAUUACUUUUCAACUAGUGCUUUGCAAAAAAUGUCAAAACUUGGCUUUAUUAAAAGCUGUAAGAUGCAUUUAAUACUCGUUUAAAUCUUAGGGCAGUGUAUUGCAAAGCUGUAAUUGUGCCUUUUCCCCUUUGGCUUUACAAGUGCUCCAAUAACAUUAUGAUAGCUUGAUUCUUUGAUCUCUUGAUUCUUGAUGCGGAAAUUAAUGGAGUGAAGUAGAGCUGCAUAUUGAGGGUUCAGUUUGUUAUUUAGAUUACCUAUUGGGAAAAGCGAUUACUUACAAGAACCGUUGCCAUUAAUGGAUCAGCCCUUUUUAAGAUGUCGACUAAACAGAAGUGUGGGGAUGAGUAAUAGCUCUUUGGAGCUCCUUAGGUUUUGAAUUGCAUGAAGAGUGUUAAAGUCGUUUCUCCCUGUCCAGCCCAGAUGCUUAAGUAUCAGUGUACCUGAAGGAAAGAUAACAAGAGCUUACUUAAAGCUUUAGACCAGACCAACCAAAGGUCAAAAUCUGAUGUUGCGUCAUCAAUAAAUCCAGUAACUGAAGUGACUGAAAGCCAACAAUUUAUGGCACUUUCUGUGUUUUUCAGCGUUUACCAACAGGUGUUCUGUAGCCACCUCCUCAGUUUCUUUGUCUUCAGGCGCAAGUUCGUCCCCAUCAUCAUCACAAAGUGAGCUUGCUUUGGGUACCACAGAUGUGAAAGCAGUUACCAAGGCUCUUGUCGCAGCUGUCAAGUACAACAUGCAGCGUAAGUUGUUUUGAACCUCAGUGGUCUAAUGUUAACUUACAUUUUGCCCUUAGUACAUUGUGCAGCUUGGCCCAUCAACAGACACCAACUGAUCAAGAGCCGUUUGUUAGUAGCCUUCCUUGUUUCAAAUUUCAGGAAUCAAAUGAAGCUUUAUCAUCGUCAUCAUCAGUUGCCAUUGUUGUCUCCUUUAGAUCACCAUUCUGCUCCAGAACAACAGCUUGGCUGGUGUUGUCGUUAUCUAUAUCCUCAAUUUUAAUAUAAUUAUCUUUAUCGUCAUAAAUGCAAUAUGAUUUUCUAUUUUUAUCACAUUUCUGUGCUUUGUUGGUAGUUUCCUCAUCAUUAAAGUCGUUCAUAUUUGUGGUUUCAUCAGAAGUGUCUGCAAAAUCAUUAUCAUUACACUGUUUUUAGGUUUUCAUUAAGGAAAUAGAUAUAAUAACUGAAGGCACAUUAUGCCAUUAUUACAGCUUAAACAGUUGUUGGUAGUUUUAUGGAGAUGUGAAUAGCUUUCCUCUUCUCAAGAUAAGAGUACUCCUUUUUUGUUUGGUGAGACGCGGUUUUCUCUCUUGAAAAAAUAUCACAAUUCACUGACGUAACAAAUAAGCUAGUGUAGCAAACCUUUUUACCUUGCCAAUUCUCACUUUUGUACCUUUUCUUCUAGAGCAACACUACCAACACUUUACCCAGCAACUUGCACAAAUGACUUUGAGCUACCUCCACAACUUGAUGGAAGAUGGAGCAAAACUUUUAGAAGCUGAAGACUCCUCUAACACGACAGAGAGUGAAUGGUCUCUAUUUUUCCAAGAGAUAAAAGAGUGUCUUGAAUUUCUCACUCAGAGCACUGUAGAACUUCGUUGUCAUCUCAGCAACAUGCCUGUCGAUGUUACAGAGAAACGGGAAACUGUUGAUGGAAAUCAAAUGUCUUUUCCAUGUAUUAAAGCAGAAGAAGCAGAUAGGUUAACAAAACAAUGGAUCCAAAUGACAGAUGAGGUAACAUAGCCGGUACUAUUUUUCUUGGUGAUAUUUAUGCACCUAUCAAUGUAAAGCCGGCGGGGGGGGGGAGGUAGGGCAUGGGGUGGGGAUUUGAUUGUCUCUGUUGUCCCUGGGGUAGGGCAUUUGACUGAUCUUGUUCUCCCGGGGGAGGGGAUAUUUGAAUCUUUCUUCGCCCGACGUGGAGAUAUUUGACUGCCGACUCGGACGAAAAAGACUGAGACCGAACAUAUGUUUCCCGCUUCCACGCUUCACGCAUGCGCCGUACGGUUUGAAAAGAUCAGGAAUUCAUGGAGGCCAAUGAGAACAAGCGAAGGCUGAGGGGAUUUCACUGUUUUGUCUUCAAAUUUAGUUUGUUUUAGUGUGUUUUUGAUCAAUUGAACCUCUUAACAUACUGUGGUAUCAAAGUAAACGGAAGUAAAGAGAAACCAAGUCAAUUUUUGCAAGUUCAAUUGAUUAGUGUAUGGCUCAUUCGCUACAAUCACUGUAAACUUAUAAAAGUGACUGUCUUUGUACCCUUUACUAAGAACUUUCUCCUAAAGGUUUAUGUAUUCUACGCAGAGUAACACGGAUUAUGGUUAAAACGUAUAAUUGCAGCUGUAACAGGAACAUGUAUCUUUGGUGAUGCAGAACGUUUAUAAAAGAUUGCAGAGUUUUAUUUGGAGAUAUUUUUAUUGUACCUUUCUUAGGUUCUGCCUUGGGAUUGACAGCAAUGUGCAGCCUGGGGUGGGGAAAUUUGGUUGCAUUUGACUGGAAUGAUUUGCCCGUGGGCAGGGAAUUUGAUUGCAAAUUUUUGAAAAAACUCAAAUCCCCACCCUAUGCCCUGCCUUCGCCCCGCCGGCAUUACAUUGAUAGGUGCAUUAUCAGUGGAAAAUGUGGGUUUACAAUUUAAAGGGGGACAUACAAUUAGAAAACGGAAACAAAGACACUAGUGUAAUUGUGUUUGGUGAAAAAAAGUUAUUGUGCAAACAGGCUAACUAAAGACAGGAGGGCUUUAUGAGGCGUUGGCAGCAAAUCACAGUGGUGGUGGUUAUGUUCCGAGUAUGUAUAGAAAGAUUAAACAUUCAGUUGAUUGGUAAAACAAAUUAACUGAUUUCUUUGAUGUACAUUGCAUUUCUUUUGAUUGCUUGAAGCACUUGUCACGUUUUGCUCGCAAGUAUUUACCGGCCCAUCAACAGACACCAACUGAUCAAGAGCCAUUUGUCACUUGCCUUUCUUGUUUUAAAUUUCAGAAAUUAAAUGAUGCUUUAGCCAUGUACACUAUUUAUUUAUCGUUUCUGAUUCAGCCUUAACCACUGUUACUUUACUUUGCAGGAGAUUGUCGAGGAUGCUAUUAUAAACAGACAGAUUUCCUCUGCACAGACGUUUUUCCAGAGCAGGAACAAAGAAGACGUGGUAGGAUGAGAGUCAAAACUGUUAAAUGAUGCCUUUGUUGAUGUUGUCAAUGAAAUGUGUCAAAACGCCAUUCUAUGCUCCUGGUCUCCCCUAAAUCACCGUGAUUCUUGACUUCCAUUUUUUAACGGUCCUGUAAGAUUGGUUUGACCGUGUGAAGAACCAAAGUGACAAGUGGCAACAGAAAUUCAUAUUAAACCUUUUCAUCUCUAUUUUGCAACACGUUGCUUUUAGAUGUGUUCCUUUCGUCCCCUUUGAUGCAUUACCCGAAACUUCCGUUUAUUGUAGCAUCAUGUUCAUCAAUGAUAAUGGAAGUCAUCUAUUCCCCUUUGGUUUUACGAACGAACCUGGUAUGUUUCAGUGGCUCUAAUGCAACUACUUUGGUCAUGUCUUAAGGAAAGAUAAAUAUAUUUCAAUACCAGCAUAUUAAGUAAAAGACAGAAACCUUAUCAAAAACCUGAAUUUAAGUAUCUGAGGACACAAUUCUCUUGUUUUUCAUCCCUUACAGUAACUAGCUCUAGUUGUAAGUACUCAGGCAGAUGACUCACUAGACUGAAUUCAGUGAUAAUAAAGGUCGCCCGUUUCCCUUUGGUUUAACAAACGACUCAAGACUUUUUCAGCCACUCAAGGACGAUUUUUUUUGGUCUGGUCCAAAUAAAAGUCGUAUUCUGCGGCUACUAUAAUCUAAAAAAAUUCAAAAGCCUCGUUAUCAUAAUCCUGGCAUUAAACAGUGGACAUCACCAAUUACUUUUUCUAGAGCCACUUUUCUAGCGUUGUAAUUACUAAGUAACGUUCAGUCAACAGGGGUCAAAGAUGUUCAUUGUGAUGGGUCGCUGUCAAGCUUCAUUAAAAUUGGUCUUAAAGUGGUUCUUCAGAAACUCUUGGACCAUGACAUGGAUACUGUGGUGAUAUUGCUAACAAACCUGGUAGGUGAAAUAUGAAAGUACGAAAAUGUAACAGUACACGUUACCAUAAAAAACUGUGAUCUUCACCCACCUCUUCCCACCAAUAAUGUACAAAAUCGUUUGGUUUUCUGAAGGUGGAGUCGGAUUUUAUGGUUGUAGACUAGAGAAAAAUAGGUAUUUCAACGCGAGCCUUGUGGUCUUUUAGAUAAUGAAGUACUAUAAAAAGCAGCAUGAGGGUGGCUCCUCCUAAAUGUUAUGCGAUUCUAAUAGUUGACAAUGGAGCCGAAAUCGGUUGGGUAAUUGGACAUCAUCUUAGGCAUCCUACUUCUCAUCCUAUAUUUACUAGAUCAUCUGCUCCUUCGAAUAAACAAUCUCUUCUGUUUGCAGGGACGGGAUGUUUUGCGACAAUUGCACACGAUUUGCCUGUACACACUUCACAGACCCUUGAGAGAUUUCCUGGUAAGCCAAGAUUAGUAAAAUAUAGAAAUAGUGUUUUGGUCAAUGUCUAAACAACAAGUAGUGGCUUGAAGACAAAAAACACAAGAGACGGCCGAGUUUUCUUCUUUAACCGACUUCAAGGUGUAUGACUGCGUGACAAGUCAUCUCAAAUGGUAGUUAAUGACUGAAUUAAGACAAAACAUUGUGGUAAUUAGAAUACCUUUUCCUAACCUCCUUUACCUUUGUUAUAUCCUGUGUUUUCUUCAUAUGAUGUUUUCAUUUGAGGAAUGUUCUCUUAAACGUUUAGGAACAAAAAUAGAGUAGGUAACAAGUUUAUUAAAGUUUGACAAAAUAUUUGAUCUUCACCCUGCCUUGAAAGGUACAACACGCAAAACCACACUCUCGUGAGAUAUGCGUAGAUUUCGGACAAAGAGGGAAAAGUGUAGUCGGUCUAUUUAAACUGAAAAGUAACUACAGCUAACCCAAAGCAAAGGUUUAUAAAGGCAUUGUAUGUUUUAGGCAACUGAAUUGGAAUCCAGAGGCUUUUUAUCGUCUGAGGAAAAGGAUCUGGUUGGAUUUGUCCAUACCUUGGAAAACACAUACAGUCAACAAUCGUUCUUAGAGGCAAAACGUAACACAAGGAACAACGACGAGGAUGACAGGUUUUUGAAAGUCACUUAAUUGCUACAUCGUAAGAUUCGUAGUUUACCGGCCUGGCUUGUCUUUUGUUUAUUUGUCCUUUCUUGCCCACCGCUACAAGCCAUCUUUUUUGUUGUUGUUGUUUUAAAUGUUCUUAAAACGGAUCAAUUUUUAUUUUCUAUUUCUCAGCUGGAGAGAUCUCGGAUUGCUUAGAAGUUCGUUCAAUCUUGGAUCUACGCAAAUCCUUGAUACGUACAUCCAGACUGGAAGUCUGUUGGAAGUGGCAAUCAAAGAGCAGGUAAGAAUUGUCAACAACCUCUUGGAUAGAUUAACACUGAAAAAAGAAAUUUUUUUAACAUAAAGCGAAACGCUUUCUCAUAUUGUCAAACCUGUUGUUUCACGCUGGCACCGUGUCGUGGGAAACGUGGACCUGUGGAGGUCAGUGGGAAAGGCCCAUUCAACGGCUGAAACUGAACUAAAUUGUUGUUCCACAGGCUCCUUCAAGCUCCAGUAGAUAUGUUGAAUUACCUCUCGCUUGGGGAUGCACCUGGGAUCACCUCUCCAGACAACGAAUUUUGGCUGAAGCAGUGCUUCCUUGUGAAGGUAAUUGAAAGGGACUUUUGCAGUUUUAAGGUCUUCCAAAAACGAAAGUUGAAGGUUCAAGAGAUUUUCUGCUGAAAUAUCCUUGUUUUGAACUUUAUAACCAUCGUACAGUUUUUUUUCGAUCAGUUGUUAAGUUGCUUAAAGACGUUACUAACCUUGGUUAUCGAUGUGUUUUUUUGACAAAACUGUGAAUGGUGAUGAUGAACAUUUCAUUACAGCUGGGGAUUACACCUGUGUAUCUGAAGAGGUAAAGAUUGGUGCCGAAGCUAUUUGGAACUACUUAUUAUCACACACAAACUGGCAAGCACUACUCGACUGGAUCAGAUCCAUGGCCUCUGAUUUGGAUGGAUCUCAUGAGAACGCCAGCCUCUAUGUUCAGAAAGGGAACGUCGUCCUGCCACAGCUGAGUCGUGGUGUCUUCAGUCAAAUUGAUGGCUGCCACAAAGUUGUAAAAGAAAUGAUUUUAGAAGAGCUAACCAGGUACAAUUUAACUGCCCACCUACCCCUCCCCCUACUCAACUUUAGCACUAAAUUCUGACGUAGGGCAAAAUAUUAAAUUAGGGAAGGGGUAGGUAGGGAGUUUGUCAGAAACUUAUUCUCUCAAUAACUGGUACAAAUUUUGUAUCGGUUUCACUGAUCACGUCUCUCAGUAAUAGGAGAUAGUUCUUAGAUUGUUCCAUCUAAACUAACUAUGUCGUUGGCAAAUUUGUACCACCGUUGCCUUUGUAUUUUCUUUCUAGGAAUGGAAUGUUUACAACAUCUCAGCUAUCCAGCUUUUCUCUUCUACUUCACUAUUUGUGCGUAACACAGUCACUGUUUGGGGACAACCCGCCGAUAUCAUAUCUGGAAAACCCUCGUGCGAGUGAAGGCAAAGUGUCGGCUAAUACAGAAGGAUGUCUUGUGUCUGUGUUGCAGUUUCAUCGGAGUUUUAUUGACUACUGUAUAAGGCUAAAACUUGCCAACUUGUUGUAUUAUUACGUGGAUUUCUACAGGUUUGUUUUACCUCUGAAACUAUUUUUCUCUUUUAAGUCACAAAAAUUACCACACUUUACUUCAAUAACAUUUUUGGGGAACAAUUAGUACCAUGUGAAAGUACUUCUCAAAAGAGUUCACAGGAGUUUGUCCUCAGCCCCAAAAGUUAUAGUUACAGUACUUGGCCCAAUUAAAGACCCUAGUAGUGAGGAGAUAUCUACACACGCACGUACAGUACUCUAUUUGAAGAGGAUAACAGAUGUAGGAAUGUGAUGUGUGAAUUGUGUCAUCUAAAUGUUGAUAUACUUUUCAUGUUUAGGCUUUGUGAAAGUGAAGGCAGCGUGAAGGAACUUGGAUUAAAUAAGGAGAUACCAGCUUGGGUUGACAUGCUCAUAAAAUGUAGACUCCUUGGACGGAACUCUGAGGGUAUUCUGUUCUCAGUUUACGACUUAGUUAUAAUGUUUGGAGACAGUGGUCGAGAAAAAAGGCUUCUUGUCUAGAUUAGCAACUUACAGUACCAACAGAACACAUGAGGCAUUUUGGUUCUAGUUACGAAUGAUUUUACCGGAUUUUUGCAUCAACUAGACCUUCGAUUACCAAUAAAAUCGUACGUCUCUUCCACGGAUCACGCAGAUUGCUAUCCAGUUAAAAGUUACCAUAAAGGAACCUUGACUGUGAAAUACGAGUAAAAGUCAGGAUGUUAUGACUGACGACAGUCAAGAGAACCCGUUAGAACCACAAAGCAUUCACAAAAUACACCAACGCUAUUGGUGUAGGAUAUAGUACCCAUUCCAGGCUUGUGAAGCUUUAAAAUACAUUGUGGCAUGUAGGACUGGCUUAAACGUACUAAUAAAUAACACAUGUAGUAAGUUAUUGACCAUCAUGACUGCUCUCUUUAGAUCAUGGUGCUGUUUUUCAAGCCAGUUUAUCAAUGGCAAGCUUUCUUUUAAAUACUGAGUUGCCUUCUGUCACACACAUGCUGCAGGCAGGACGCCCUGUUAUGGCCCUAAGCAGCCUUCUGUAUGGUCCUAAUACACUUAGUCAGGUAAGGAUCUGCAGCUUACUGUUGAGGUAUUCCUCAUCUCAAGCAGAUAUAGAACGUAAACAUGAUGAAACUAACUAAAUUUUGUAAAAAGACCAAACCGCGAGUGAAAUCAAUAAUAACAAAGUUUUAGAAAUGAAAUUUUGCUGCGGUUAGUAAAUUCCUUAAUGUGUAGUUGUACAACGCUAUUCGCAGUUACGACGUCGUCGCUUGUAUGCUUUUCAGUUGUACGGCAUAAACAUACAAGUUGGGAGAUUUUGUUCGAACUGAAAACAGGCUUCUCCACGACAGCACUUUAGAAAGCCCUGUUUUUUUUGUUUAAACAUUUAGGCCAUUAUUUCUUCCGAAUCUCAACCCAACGUUCCAGUCUACCAAGUGGAUGAAAAGCUCCUUUACACGUCGCUAAUGAGAUUUCCCAAGCUGCAGUCAGCACUCUUCCCUAUCACAUGGGGUUCGCUUGGAAUGGAACGUCAAGAUGUCUCUGUUUAUAAACUUUUACAGGUUUGUUUUCUGUCAUUUUAAACUUUCGGAAGGGGUGUGCUUGGCGCAUCGUUUCAAGGUUGAAGUAAAUAGUUUCAAAAUAAUAAACGCAAAGAAAACCCUCGAAAUUUCUCUAGUUUUUGAGUAAUACAAUUAGUCAAACUACGUUUACUUAGCGCGGGUACCAAACCACUGUGAACCAUAUAUGCUUUGAUUUAUGCUUUUCUUUUUCUCGUUAGUUAAUAUGCCACCUAUGGUAGUCUGUCUUUCUUCUUAAAAACAGCAAAAUGCUCCGGGGGGGACUACUCACAACAGCGUUUUAUGUGGACAGGCUCCGCCUGAGGUCCAACCUCUUAACCAUUUUAUAUGCCAUUUUUGACAGAAAAGGUCCUCCUUUUGUAUACCUUCAACUGAAAAAUGGUUCCCUUUUCACAUACUUACUAACAGUAAGCAUUCUUGUCAUUUCAUGUUGCGUUUAGUAAAUUAAUUUGAUACAGCGAUAAGGUGCGAGACUAUUUUAGUUCAGGCCUUUUUGAACGCCUAAAUAAUAAUUUCCCUACCCUUUCAUAUACUUUAACUCACGAAAUCCCUACCGUUUUGUAUCCUUAAGCCUGAAUAGGGUACCCCUUUCGGGCGGAGCCCUCCUGUAUAGGUUAUCAUAGGGAGUACCCCGUGUGGGUAAAAGGAACACACUUGCAUUACAGCCAAAGGUCCCCUUCGUGGUUCUGUCUGGAGUGAGGAUACGGUAAACCAUUAUUAUUUCUUACAGGGAAACUCUCCUUUUGAAAUAUCUCGGUUAUUCGGAUGGCAGCCAACAAACGAGCUUGCUACCAAAGGAGGUUAGUUUAGUUUAAAGUUUUUCUGUUUAUUUUGUUCCGGUUUUUAUUUAGGAGUUUCACUACUUUUCAUCAGCUAAAUAAACAACCUGACAUUUUCUUUGGUUUUGUGUGGAUUUUCUAAAUGAACCUAAGUGGGUCGGUUAAAUCAACUUGCACUUCAACAUAAUCUCAAGGGUUAACUUGAUAUCACAUUUUCCUCAUCACUUUUCAUGAAACUUGAAGAGGUUCAAGGUCUUUUUGCGAAAAUUAGUAAUUUGUUAUUUGAGUUUGAAUUGGCCUACUUCAAAACGGCUAAAAUGUCUUAUCUGAAGUUAUUAUUAUUAUUAUUAUUAUUAUUUGUUCUUUUUUUCCGUAACAGAUUCACCCGGAACUGAUAUGCCACAUUUCUCUAAUGAGCUCUUAGUUUCCCAACGUGCGCACGUUGAAAAUUUAACAUUUUCUUACUAUCUGCGACACGGAAGACCUUCAUUUGCGUUCGUAUCUUUUGUCAGUGAAAGACUCAAAGAUGCUACUGUGUCCAAAUCAAAGUAAGUCAAAUAUUGGUCAGUCAAUUUGUUCUGUGUGAUGUAUUUAAGAAACUUUCAUUUCUCCAUCUUUCAUCAUUUAAGAUUCGAGAAACAGAAAAUAUGUAGGGUACUUAUCAAACAUAAACCUAGUAAACGACCAUCCUGUCUUUAGUAAGAUGCUAACUUCUCACAUAAUUGGCUCAGAAAAUGUCCUCGUGACUUAUCUAAGACGCACCUUAUAAGGUCAUAUAAAUGGUACAGUUCGUGUCUCAUGCAUAACGUGUCUCAUAUACCCCGUAUAAAUCAGGCCCUAUUGAGUCUCUCCGUAGCUCAUUAGUCAGAGAACCUGACUACCGAUUGGUGUCUGGGCUGUCAUUGGUUCAGAUCUCGUCAUUGUCUCAGGUGUUGUCUUUGUUGCACGCUCUUGACGUCAUCGUACUCCAUUAUGGUUUUGGUGAAUCUGAGAUAAUGAUGGCUCUGUUCCUUUUGUCUUUUCAGAAUACAGCAAGCAGCAUGUAAGGCAUACAGAGUUGCUGUUCAACAUUUAUCGAAUCCUUCUGUGUGUGCAGCGUGUGUUGCCUUCACAGAGAUGCUUGGUUUGGAUAGCACUUCACUGAGGGUGGAUAUUCAGGCUGCCAGCAGAGUGAUAGCACAUGCUACCUUGGACGAUCUACUAGCAGAUGAUAACAAGGAAGACAUUACAUUGGAGGAAGCCGUUUGUAACUACAUUUUAUUUUAUUUCAUUUAAACUCUGCGCAUCCUUUUAUUUUUUAAGAAGAGUACUUGUGAUGGUUGCUCAAAACAACGUGUUUAGUAUUUCGAAUUGUAGGCUUUUCGGCUAGAGUAUAAACAUUUUAAGUUCUAAGGUCAAACACUAUCGGGCGAUCCAUAAAAAGUGUUGUUAUUGCGGUGAGGUGCUUCUCAUACUAAAAUGACGUUAUAUUGAAAUACAACACUUUUUCCCCAAAAAAGUCAAAUUGCCUUCCAAUAUAUCCUUCUCUAUAUUGUUUUGUGGAACUUCGACAAACUUUGGGUCAAAAUGGAUACUGAAGAGAUGUGGAGAAAUUGACAUGCAUAUUGAGUUAUCAGUCUCUAAGACUGAAUAUUUGGUCUUUUUGGCUGUUUCCAGUUAUAAGCUAAAACAAUAUCGUAAAAGUUCAUUUUUGUUUACUUAGCUUCUGAGUUGCUGUCAUGUGUCGGAAAGAGCAACCAAAAACCAGAAAGACUCUUAGCUGCUUUACAAAGUGCAACCAGGAACUUAAUCAGUAGAGAAUGCUUAGACAAGUAAGUUUCGUCUAUUACUUUUAUUGUGUUUGGUUAAGAAAACACAAAAAGUGGUUUCUUAUCACACAAACCCUUAGGGUUUUGGCUAUUUAGAUCUCAGCAUUGUUGGACCGUUUCAGUUAAGCACUUUUUGUUGCACUUUUGCGUACAACAAAUCCAGCGCUACAAAACGACUUAAUCAAUCACAGUAAGGCUGGAUGCACAUAAAGGAAGGUAACUGACGACAAAUGUUAAUUGUACUAGUUUUUUAAUAUUCCAAUAGUGGUCGUGAUUUCGGAAGGACAACAACUUUGCAAUGACCACUGACACUGUAUCACAUGUAGCUACAACCAGUUGCAAAAUACUUGAGACACUGUGCCUUAUUUGAAUUAAAUCACCUGUCCAUGAUCUUGUACUUGUGAUUCCCCCUCCCCAUUUCAUUCUUCUAUUCAGGCGGCCUCGUCGUAGGUGUCCUGGCGCUGGCCGCCACAGGACAAGCUUGCUUGCUGGCAAUUCGCAAUGACCGUGGCCAGCAAGAAAAAGCCUUCGUAAUUCAGUUCGAUCCUGUGUCUGACAAAACCUCGUUCAUUUGGUCCUUUACGUCCCCUCUCUUGCUCCACAGGAAUUGAUAGGAGAGGACCCUGAGAAGGAGGUUGUGUCUGACAUAGUUGGAAUGUCACCGUACAGUUCGUAGUUUGUGACUCGGUCUCGCCAACUUUUGUUAAAGACACGGCGGAGCAUGCGAGUUUAUGUUCCAUUGACCUCCUUGUCUGAACAGUUUUUCAACUGGUUUAAAUUGAAUUUGUUUCUGGGUCUCUUUAUUGCUUCGAAGAGGUUAUAAUGUGAACGUCCAGAAUUUUCUUUUCAAUUCCAGUGCUACUUGGAAUUCGAGGUAUUUUUUAGUAACGCCGCUGUCAGUUUUCAUUGCAUUAAAAAUAAAUUUGUUUAUUUUGUUUUUCUCAACUAUCUUGCUCUCACGUUCUUUCCUGGCACAAGGAUGUAACUAUCAUAUAAUUUGCAGGUAUGAAGUUUGUUUCUAUUUUAUAUUGAAUUGCUAUUGCUGACAUUUCCAUUUCAGGACAUCUUUUGAGGCUGGCCAGCAUUGGAAUCUUGUUGUUUUAUUUUGUCGAGUUCACAAGAUGGAACUUCCCGUUUCCUUUCUUCAGGAUUGUGCCAGGGAAGACAAAUGGCUGCCAUUUGUUUGUCAUGCACAGGCUUGUCAGUUUCCAAAGGAACAGGUAUUUGCUGCAGUGUAAUUCUUGUUUCGGCUUGAACAUGUUUAAUUUUCCCUUUGUCUUGGAGUUUGGUAAUGAAUCUGGAACGUAACACAUUUAACUAGUUUAGAUCUUCAAACGCAGGAAAAGUUACCGUGUGAUCCAGAAACUUUUCAUCCGCGGUUUCCGCCUUGGGUCGCCCGAGUCUUAAUAGUAACCCGGGCGAAAAGUCUUGCUGCCGACAACGAAGCAUCCAGCCAUACACAGUUACGAAAACGUUUGGUACCCAGGGUUGUAAGGGAAAUGUUGUAAGUGGUUUGUUUUUAACAGUUAUGUCUCAAGUCAUGUUUUGAUCGACGCUCCCCGAAUGGACAAACCUUAAGUGCAUAUAGAUAGUGAGUAUGGCAUAUAUUACUUUGGGAAGAACAACUCCCAAAAGUGUCUCCUAGAAAGUCCAGGACAUAGUACAUGAAAGUGCUGCUGCUGAUUAAGAGGUUUCAUUUGAAUGGUUCCACCAAAAGAACUGUACUUACGUACAAAUAGCACCCGCGUGUGAAAGUACUACUGAAAAGUUUCAUUUGAAUGGCUCGCACCACAGCAUUUCACCCACAGACAGACUCUCCAACUCAGAAGGUUUAAGUUCGAAGGAAGAGAAAAAAAAGCAGAGAUCUUUAGAUUCUAAGACGAGUACGACUACGAGUAUGAGAUUUCCACAAUACUUAGUAGUGCACGCACGUGAAAUUGCCUCAUUUUGGCGGGAAAACGUGAUAGCCGUCGUCAUUCUAUUACGUGUUUUAGCGAGAAUGUCGUAUUGGCGGAAACAAGUUAUCAAAUGUAAGAAGUUUUAUCGUUAUAGGAUCGGGAGAGGGCUUAACCUCCUUCAAUAAAAAUAAGAGUGCCAACUUUUCUGGUGAGAAAAACGUACAGUGAAGCUUUCCGGGGUAUUUAUUCUUUGAGAAUAAACGAAAAAACUUUAAGUUUAACCUCGUCCUCCUAGUCGUCUUUGUCGUCGAAUCUGAAGGUCUCUAAUCUGUUGUAAUGGUUACGGAAAAGAAAGUUUCAUCUGUGUCGUAAGGGACAAUUCAAAUUUAGCUGUGUUAUUUUCAGGUGGUGUACGUUAUUGAACAUGAUUUCUGCAAUCCUCACAUUCAAGAACAUCUGCAUCUAGCAUUUGACAAUGUCCCAAUCAUUAAAGUGGAAAAUACCCCCAUUGAUGAUUCCAGCAGAAAACGAAGCAGAAAAAGGAAGUCUACUAAGAAACCGGAACAGGUGUGGCUUGUAAAGGUUAACCUAUUCUCGUCCCCAGAGAUGCGGUCCGCUUGACCAGAUGGCACAGAUGAACAUCUCUGGAAGCAGCCAGAGCUCUCGAUCAGUGCCGCUGGUCAAGAGGAUCGUAGCUGUGCGGACGAGAAUAGAGUUAUAAGGAACAUCCUUCCCUCAGUAAUAGAGAAAUGUUUAUGGAAUAGAAAACACUCUCUACAACGUACCCUUGUAGCUAACACGUUUCUGGUCCCUGGGACUUUUUUCUGGGACUUUUCUUAGAGAGCUAUCCAUAUUAUAAGGAAAGCCCGUGUCCACAAGAAAAAAAAUUGAAUGUGUGGUCUUUUCAUUAUCACUUCAGGUUGUAACGCCCUCCCGUGAUGUGCGAGCUCAAUUUUAUUCGCGCAUGGGUCUCGUCGCAGCAACAGUCCCACAGCCUUCUCAGACUGCGACUGAAGAACAAGUUGUUAUUCCAUCAUGCAGCAGUAGUGCAGAGGACGAGGAGGUUUCUAGACAAAGAGCGAAACUAGCCAAAGACAAGGACUUGGAGACCACUAAACGACGAUAUGGCUCUACUAAUAGAAUUGCUAAUGACUAUGAGGGUAGGUCAUCUCUCAGCAAUUGGUGAAAGAAAAGCAAUAACAACAACUUUAUUUAAGUCUUUCAGUUAUAGAAGGCAAUAAUUGGCUUCUGAACUAGUCGAGACGGGCAAAAGUGGAGGAAAAAAUAUUACAGUAUAAACAAUUAAUAAAAGAAUAUAGAACCAGUCACACACUAGGUUGUAUCUAUUCUAAGGAGUGUUACAUUCAUUACUUCUUUCUUAACUUGUUUCCGUGGUGUCAUUUCUCACAGAAUUUAAUGUUCCAAUUUAUUUUUAAAGAAAUUCUUCUUGACGCGGAUGAGGUCCCGCAAAAUCUAUUUGACAUCCUGUUCAAGUGUCAGUCAGUUGACGUUCCGUGGAGGAAGUUGCUCGCGUACUCGAUAAGUCUUCACCGAUCCCUUCUGUCAGUUUUGGCCGCAUGCUUUCAGGUUAGUUAUUUUUCAUGUGUACAUCAUUCCAUAGAGCUGAUGCAGUUAGCAAUCAAGCCUGGUCCUCACCAACAACACAGGUGGAAAAAGCGCUAACCCUGGGGUUACAUUUUAAUCCGGGUUUCUUAAUUUUUUUUAUCAAAAGUACUCUCUAGGAUAAUUUUCUCCAUUCUUUUUAUAGUAACCAAUCAUCAAAUUGAAGGCUAAGAGAAUUAUACUGAAUUUGCUUUUUAAGCUCUCAUAUCUGAGUUCAAAUUUCGCACUAACCCUGGGUUAUCUUAACCUAGCUUCGAACAACCCAGCCCUGGAGCUUAAUUAAGACUAUUAGAAUCUUGCAUUUGUUCUUCUGCUUCUCCUUCAGCUUACGUCGAUGUUAUUCCCUUUAAGGACGCGCUUGGCAUAGGCGUAUAUAUAAAUUGCGUCGUUGAUCUCAUUGACUAAUUAUGGUUUCUACAAAUUUAAACAAGCAAAUGCCUCACAGAAACCAAAAGCUGAGAGGCCUUUCGAUGGGCUCCAUACACUGAGCAAGCAAAUUCAGAACCACGUUACACUUGUAAUAAUAAUAAUAAUAAUAAUUUUAUUUAUAUAGCGCUAAAAUCCAAUAAUUGUCCAAAGCGCCACCUAAUUACAAAAUAAAAUAUAAAAAAUAUAAAAUAUCUACAAUAUACAAUAUAAUUCAAAUAUAGCCUAAGACAUCUACUAUAUAAAUCAAAAACAUCUCAAAACAAAAGGAAUCUCAUAACCUAUAUGCUAACUUAAAUAAAAAAGUUUUAAGGGAUUGCUUAAAAGUUGCCACUGAAGCACAUUUCCUAAUCUCUAGAGGUAAAUCGUUCCACAAUUUAGGUCCUGCAAUAGAGAAAGCUCUGUCUCCAUAUGUUUUCAAUCUGCUUCUUGGAACCACUAAGUAUUCUUUACAUGAAGAACGGAAUGACCUAGAGUAUGUUUUAAAAUUCAAAGCUUGUAUUAAAAAAGACAACACUUAUGAAUUCAGCUGUGAAUGUCGUUUGAUUUAGGUUUGUUGUUAGGCUGUGGAUUUCUAUAUUCAUUGCACUUUUUUUUUAUCUACUUCAACAGGAUGCCAAGCCUCUGGAUUGUGUAUGUGCCUGGAUAUGCUCCACAGUACAUCCCUCUGUGUUAGAACCUGCCUUGGAAAACAUCCCAGGUGUCUAUAUUCCCUGCUUAUGGUGAUACGAAUAUUGUAUAACAUGAAAUCAAAUGUUGUUUUAACUUUUACUAAUGAUCGAAGGAUAGAUAAUGAUGACAUAAAUAUUCUUAUCGUUAAUUUUUCGUUUAAAAUGACCAUGACCUUGUGCAGAUAACAGAUAAUUAUCUUAAUAUAGUACAAGCCAUGUCGAUUUUAGUGACUAAUUUAUUAAAGUGGCUAAUGAUGUCUAAUUAUAACGUUCAACAGGGAGUCGUCAAACAGAUUCUUGGAACGUGCAAAGUAUGGUUUUAUAUUAUUAUGUCUGAGAUUUAAUCUUCUACAAAGCUGCGUGUUCUUAGCAUAACCCUUUUUAUGCAUUGUAUUUGUGGAUAAAUAUGCAUUGUUAUGGUGCAUAAAUAGAGGAUAUUACAUGACCACUCGGAGAUGCGAAAUUUCUCUUCGAGUGUUGAAAAAUAUUUUUUCAACACGAGAAAAGAAAUUUCGUAUCUCCAAGCGGCCAUGUAAUGUUCUAUUUAUUAUAUAAACACCAAUGAAAUACCAAACCAUUUCACUUUAAUAGUUUUUUGGUGUGAAAGGCGCGAUUUAUUAUGUAGCCAUAGCAACGGUGAUAUUUUCACACGUGAAGAUAACAUGUUAUUUUCACGUGUGAAGAUAUCAAGUUUUCGCGCGAAAGCUCACGUGGUAUUUCAUUGGUGUUUAUAUAAUAAAAACGAGUCAUAGUUCCACCUAAAAAUACAUAGUAGUUGCACAUAAAAAUGCGUUGUGGUUGCACAGGAAAAUGCAUAGUUGCGCUUGAAAGUGCAAUGUGGUCACACCUGAACAUGCAUUGAGUCGCAUGUAAUAAUACAGUGUACCUUAUUAUAGGAAAUUAACGCUCCACGAAAUUAACCCGAAUCGUUAAAAUUCGCGUUAAUUUAAGUCGCGUUAAUUUUGUUGAACGUUAAUUUCUGCGACGUAAAUUAAGUGCCGCGUUAAGUUUCGCGUUCUUAAUUUCCAGUAUUUUAACCCCAAUUUUGGAACCUGUCCAGACAUUCUUGACACCUAAAAAACAUGAACUACAAGCUUUCUUUCUUUCCAUUUACCCUUUAUUUUUCAUCUUUCACAAAAGCGACUGUAAAUCAUUUUUCGUCUGAAAUGUUCUACCUAGGCUUGUUGAGGGAAAUGUCCUAGAAUUGCUCCGUAAAAUACUCCUCUAAAGGUAUAAACAUAAACGGUUAUUCCAGAAAAGUGGCAACUUCGUAGUCCUGAAAAUAUGUCCUGUUUUAUUACUUGAAAACAGAGCUGCAGUGGCACCAAUGGACCAAAGAGGACCUGACAGCUCUCAUCAUGGCGCUUGUUGACAAACGUGACAAGUUUGCGCACACCCUCGUUAAGGCCUUUUAUAUUUUUGAUCCGGUAAGUUCGUUCAAAUGGAAAAAUUAGGCUGGUGGGGUUCAUUUUUUCUUUGCUUUUCACCCAGAAGAAUACCACAGAGAAGUUUGCAACGAAGGAAUUGUCUUUGGGCACAUCAACAAAUUAUGCUCUCAGCGUCAACAACAAAAAAAAUAAACGAAGUAUAUUUUACCUGAAGAUAUGCGGUCAUUAACUUUCAAUUUAAGAUUUUAUUGCUGUUCAAUUUUAUAUGAACGUUGUUGUCCUCUAUCGGAAGACCAAAUGGCAACCGACUUUUUCUAUCUUUCGUAGGAGAGUCCUUUGGUACAUUUUUUCCGUUUCCAUGAGACGUUUUUGGUGCAUUCAGAUUAUGAGGCUUGCAAGGAACAUUUGAAGUCAUUUAAAAUAUAUUACAACAAGGUACGAAACACCGAAACAUAAAGCCGAUAAUAAGGUGCAACUUUGACUACAGAGGUCAUCGCCAUUCUGGGCGACCAUGUGACAGCUGUUAUUGAGACGGAAUAUAAUAUACCUAAGAAAUGAUAAAGAGAAUGGUAGAGCUCCUGAAUCACUUUUGGAGAGUUACGUGCAAACGGACGCAACGACUCCCAACAAUUUUGGGAGUUGCUGGCCAACAAUGUUGCGUCCGUUUGGACGGGGCUAAAAGUUUGACCGGUUUCAAACUUUGUGCAACAACAUGCAACAGGGUGUGUAAACGGACGAAACAUGUCACAUCCAACAAUGUUCAAGCCGUUUGCACGUGGCCUAACUUAACUAGUUCCUGCUUCAAAUGCCCCCUUAGCUAGCUCGGUAAGAAUGACCGCCCGGUGGCUUUCCCGUUUUCCAUAUAACCUUUCUAUCAUGAACAUUCCGACCCAACUAGCUUCUAAUGGGUCUAGGAGGAUGGUUAGCCUGUGUACAGCCACCCUCCAAUAUUUUUUCCGAGGGAAGGGGACGCUUGUGCACAGACUACCGCAUGUCUUUUCAGCAGCUUUUUUUGCGUUUUAGCAGAAGUGUAGCUCGAUUAUAAAUCGGAGUUUAUUUCAGCGACAUAAAAUUACCAUCCAUAAUCACAAAAGGGGAAAUAAAGUUCGAAUCAAUGCACUGCUGCAUAAUUUUGUUCUAACAUUUGAAGUACACUUAUUUACUUCAUCAGCAGUCUUUGAAAGUUGGGGCAGACAAAAGCAAGAAUGAGAUCAAGAUUGGUAGUGUAGAGUGGCUGGAAAAGCUUACAAGUCAAGUCACAAAGCAGAUGUUGACACAUUCCGAAAGCACCUACCAACAGAGACAUCUCCUAGAGAUUUUGGCCAAAGCCAUGUUUGGAAAAAACUUUUCUUGCCAAGGUUAGUACAAAAUUGCGUUGGAAACUUUGAGUUGUAGAGAUUGUCUCAAACACGAGAAGCCGUGAGACCUGGUGGAGAGACACUAAAUGAACAAAUAGAUAAAUAAAUAAAUAAAAUAACGAUUUGCAGGUAGCACAUCCACAUAGUGGUUCUUCGUCUACCUGAUUCCUGGUCGAAUUGGAAUUUGGAAAUGUUGGUUUUUGAGGAGAGGGGAAAACCGGAGUACCCGGAGAAAAACCUCUUGGAGCAAGGGAGAGAACCAACAACAAACUCAACCCACACAUGGUGUCGACGCCGGGAGUUGAAGCCGGGUCACAUUGGUGGGAGGCGAGUGCUCUCACCACUGCGCCACCCUUGCUUCCCAUACUAAAGAAUUCUAGACGAACAUCUGAGUUAAGACAACUGUUCUGACUGAAGGUCACGUUUGUGAUUUGGAACCGCAACGCUUGGUAACAAUAAAGAAGACGGAGAAAAUAGUAUAUGUUUAACACUGGACGAAAACUAUGAUGGUUGUACGGUGGUGGCAGAUUUUAACGAGUAGAUGAUAAGUCAAGUUGUAAUUUUUAUUCAUGUUUACAGUGCCUGAUUACUUUGAAUUGCAUGAAGUUUGCAAAGUUCUUCACGCCAGUAGCACUACCAUCCGGCUUGAUGUGAUGCUGUCACCGAUUGUUAAAGACAUUGACGAUGAAAAACACAGGGUUUUGGUAGCAUUGCUGAACGACAAACACUUUGCACAAGCGCGAAAGUUUGCUGAGAUGGUUGGCUUGGCUGAUGAUCACAUUACACUGAAGGAGGUCAGGAAAUCGUAGAAUUUUAGUGAGUACUUUUCGUUUCACAAGAAUCAAAUUGUUGGAGCUCAUGUCAACUUUUUAAUGAUUCUCAGGUCGAAGCAGAGUUGGAAGGUGCCAAAAAUUCCAUGUUGUGGGAAAUCGAACAAGGGCGAUUAGCAUUCUGGCACAAGGCUGAAAUAUGCUUUAGAAGCAACAACUGUAAAGAAAGCACUGUAGGAUCAUUCUUUGAGGUAACCUUGUAAAGUAACAUUCAAUCAGCCAUGAAUAUUAUGGUAUUGAUUGUAUCUUCUCAAGUAAAAAGGUCACUGCCGAAAAGCAGCUUUUUUAUUUUUUUUAGUUUAUAAUCUUAACCCACUCUAAAUCUGAAAAAAGGUCUUUACUAUAUGAGUAGUAUGGUAGGGUCCUAGAACUCCUUUUUUGGGCAAGUAUCUCAUAAAUUUGCGCCUGAGGACAUAAAUGAUUGACCUCAUUCAUAGUCAUGCAGAGAAAUGCCUUAACAUGAUGACGUCAUAGACUCCUGAGAUAAAGACAAUACCUAUGACGUCAUGGAAGGUUAUGAAUUAUGCAUUACAGCAAUUAGGUUCUCUGCAAAAUAAAAACGGUAGUGAACAUUUCCCUCUAUACUACUGUGAUCAACAGAGCGAUUUAGAUUAUCUUCGAGGAAAGACAAGCCGUUUCAUGCUAUAUGACAUCAAGAGGUCAUCUUGAUGGCAUGUGGUAAAACUAUAUCUUAACAUGAGCUGUUAUUGAACUUACGCAAAGGGACGGCAGAGGGAGGAAGACAGCAAACCUUACGUGACAAGCGGGACAAUAAUUCUGUUUGAAGAUAAUUUCCGCCAAACUUCACCGUCCUUUUAAAAGAUCUUUUGUGAAUGAUCAAAACACAGUUAUAUUAAUUGAACAUCGCAACUUACACUUAGGUAAUAGGCCUGUUAUGUUUGUCACACACAAGCGUUUUGUCGAUCUCUUCUUUGUACCGUCCUGGGCCCGGUUGCUCGAAGCAUGGUUAGCGUUAACCAUCGUUUAAUACCUUGACAACGUAUUGGUUUUGAUACUGCUUAACCAAUGGUCAAAGCUAACCAUGCUUUGAGCAACUCAGCCCUGUUGCGUAAGCUCACUAUUGACGUGCACAAAGUCAAUUGGAAGAAACCACACAGUUUUUCAUUUUUGUUUCGGCGAAUGUUAAGCCUAGUUGUGAGAUCAAAUACGUACUUUUAUAGAAUGUGAUCUCAAUUUGUCGCUUGUCCCCUGCCCGUAACAUGAUGAAAUUGGUUGUUUCUUUUCUUUUUUGUUACAGAGCCAAGCUAAAGAUGAACAUCUCACAUUUACUGAACGCGCAAUGCUCCUUGGGAUAGCAGUGAAGUGGUUUUCAAACUCUACUGACAGCCAGCUGCAGAAAACACCAGCGGAACUAAAGGAACUUCAAAAGAACCGGUGGCUGUUCAAAAUACGAGCAGAGAUAGAGAAAGACUACGAGGUAAGAGGAGUAAUGUUCCCUGUUGCUACGCCCUGUUACUAUGUCGCCUGUAACCAGAGUUAUUUCGCCGGAAAUUUUAUCAUGUUCAACAACAUCCUAACAUCUUUAUCGCGCUUGUUUCGUCUCAUCAAGGCGUAAAGAACUAGAUGUAUUACUCAUUUAUCGCGCUUGUUUCGUUUCAUCAUCGCUUACAGAACAAGAUCUAUUAUACAUUUAUCGCGCUUGUUUCGUCUCGUUAUCGCUUAAAGAACGAGAUUUAUUACAUGCACUUUUUACAAAAAUUUCUGGCGACAUUACUCAGCAUUCCGGGCGAGUUGACUUAUAAUUUCGAGCGAUACAACUUGGUUUCAGGCGACAUAACUUCGGGCGAAACUGACUUUUGGGCGACUUGACCGAAAGUAGAGAAAAAAAAUAGGAAACUAUAAAACAGAGAUUUUCUGAGUUCUUGACUGGGACCCAUUUCAAAGAUUGUAAGACAGCGGGUUAGACCCUUUAACCAACCUAUUUACAAGUUUCUUAACGUUCCGAGUAGCGUCAUUUUCUUUUCUCUGUCUUUUAAUUUUCCAGAGUAGACUGACACGAUCUGUAAGCCACCUGGAAUUUCUUUCCCACGAAACGGAGGUGGAGUUACUAAGCGACAUCAAGCCAAGCAACCUUGAUUUGGUUUCUUAUAAGACCGUCAACCUUAAAGAAUUUGUCCAAGAUGAUGCUGCUGUCUUUGAAUUAGACUCUGACUGCCCGUUAUCAACAGAAAAGGUUGUACGAUCACGUGUAUCUGUCGCAAGUUUUCCUGUUGCUAUAAAUUGAGCCCUCGUGCGAUGUAUAACACUUACCUCUUUUAUUGCUUAAAUGUAGGAGUUCUUCGCCUUGGAGAAUGUGAUUGGUAACUUGAUAGAGAGCUGUCACGUGACUCAGGCACGUUGGCUGGCAAACUUAUUUUCUCACAGUUGUUUGGAUUUGGACAUUGUCAUGGUGAGGCUUUAAAAUUGUUGGAUUUUCUGGUGGGAGACAAAUGCCCUCUCCUCUGCUUUCGUUACCAAUAUGAGUUAGCUGUAUUUUUAUUUCGGAGCAAAGGCAAACGAACAUUUCUAAGCUUACCGAACAUUUAUUCACAUUGCUAUUGUAAAAUACAGCAGUUUUACUUGCUUGUAAUUUUUAGGAAUAUAUUGAUUAAUUGUGUAUUUCUCUGCAACAGUCGUGUAUUUAUAUGGCUCAAGGGACACGCUCCGUGGACACCUUAGAUGAUCACAUCCAGGCACUAAUCAAACCAAACAGAAGAGCAAGCAAUAGUCUCAAUCGCCCAGGCUCAUUUCAACGCAGCGGAAGUUUUGUUUUUACUUCCCCUGGUGAUCGCCGUGACUCUGUUUCCUCGGUGUCUUCCAUGUCCUCUGUGUCCUGGGUGGAAGUUGAAGAUAUCAUCACCACCAUGGAAAGUCUGGCAUUUCACUCUAAGCAGGCAAAGAGAUGCUGCAACUGCAUCAUUGUAUGCUACAAGGUUGCUCAGGUAAGAAAUACUAGUACAUCCAUAGAGUGGGUCUUCUUUUACCACAUCCCGCAGAUCCAAUUUGAAUUCGGAAAUGUUGAUUUUUGUGAAAAGAAGCAAACUGGAGUAGCCGGAGAAAAACCACUCGGAGUAAUGAAACCCGUAUAAAUAAGACAGCACUUUUUGAAUGAUUUUUAAAAGCAUGCAAAAACGAGAUUUGAGGUAUAAAAUUCAUUUGUCGUCUUGAAGAGGUGUCUGGCUCAUAGAGAGCCUAAGUAAAUGACUGAGGAACAGCAGGGGCCAACACUUGGUGUCCAUUUUAGAAAUGUCUGUCUUAUAUAGGUGUCCGUUAAGAGGAAGUGGAUUUAAUAUUCCACAUUCGCUAACUUGAUCCUCCCGUGCUAGACCAGGUUUCUGUGUGAACAUGUGUUUACUGGUUUACUGAAGGACAUGAACGCGAUAAGAAUUCACUGAAAUGAUUACUUGUUUAUUACAGACUUUGGGUCAAGAGUAUGAGACUAUUGUGAAAAAGAAACCCUUGAGCGUGCUUCAGGCGCUGUUGCUGUCUGGAUUUGACAACCGAUAUAAACUUAUGGACGUCUAUAUUAAAGCUAUUCAAAUGAACACUGAGGAGGUAGGCUAUUGUUAAUGUACUACCACUAAACACGAGUGACCGUGUUUCAUCACAUAUCAAACAUUGAAAAUAUCGCAGUUGUUAUAGUAAUUACAAAAAAUAACAACAGAGCAAACCACUACUUUUCAAUCUCAAUGAUAUUAGUGGUCCAUCAUAAGAUCACUCGUGAGGCUUCGCGGUACGAAUUGCAUGGUCUCCCUCGGUAACUGAGACUGAUGUUAAACCGAAAUCUGUCACUUGUAUGUUUUUCCUCAGGUGACUCAAUUUUUAGCCGACAUCAUCUUGAAUUCCCUCCGAGUUCAUAGCACAGGUGAAGGUAUGUGUUGUUCUUAAAUCUGGAUGCUGCUAGUCGUAAAAGCCUAAGUGUAACCAUUCAAUAAAAAGCUAACUAUGAAGUCUGGCGACAGCCUUAGUCUUUCAGGACUUGACUGUAAUGUUAUCCAUUUCAUCUCGUUUUUGCAUCUGUUUAUUUGCGUACAGGUAAACAAUGUUUCUGGUUCUGUAAGUCUCUCACGUUCUAAGUCGCUCAUUGGGAGUCCCAUUCACUGGUUGAUUUGGACUUCCUUUUGCGCUUAUUAUCAAGUCAUUGUCUUCCCUGUUUUAAUAAAAGGGGUGUUUUGCCUCAAAUGCAGUUACCACGGAAUACCUUUGCUGAUUAUCUUAGGCGUUUUAACACAGUGUUGGUCUGUGUUGCAAACGGGUAACUAACGGACAAAGUGAAUAUGUGUGUUUUUGUGCGUUUUUUUUUUUUUUGCAGACAUAUCGGGAAGAGAGUACAGUGACCUUACAGUGAAUGCAGCACCCUCAUGUGAAGACAUAAGUCAUAUGAUCCGCUUGUGCCCAGACUACUCUCUGCUUGGUAGCCGCUUGUUGAACGCUGCUACAGCGUUGGUCAGUGAUCGUAUGGCAGGAACAGCACCCCGUGGCGGUACGUUUUAGUUAUUAUUAUUAUUAGUUAUUUAUGCGUUUCACUUUCAUCGCAUCAUGACGAUGUUAUGCGAACUACCAGUAACAAUUACUCGAGAGUGAGGCGCAGUUUAAGUAAUUCAUUCAACACGAGACGCAGUGUUUUAUCCGAUAUCCAAACACUAAGAAGUUGGUUGAUAAACGAGAAGCAGGCGAGGUUUUUUUAGACCGACUUGGAGGUGUCUCAGAAUACAGGAGUAAACAGUGUGUCCAUUCUUCCUUAUCCUCGUUCCCAGGAUUCUCUGUUUUCCUCUCUUGAGAAGAACUCUGGGAGCGAGGUUGGUGUCUCCUGUGGACCCUGCGUUUUCACGUGACAACACGUCCGCCAUAUCGGUGUCCCAAAACAUUAAAACAGCGGCCGAGAUGGUGACCCAAACUACUCCUGUGACAGCUGAACCUUUUUCUCGUAUAAACACAUCUUCGGGUUCCAAUAAAUUUAUCUUGCUGCUGGUAACGUGAGUGAAAACGCUCCAAAUCUUAAAAGGUAUAAGCUUAUGGCUAUAUUUAAAAGCUAGCAGGAUUUGUGGACUAGGGAAGCUCGAUCUUAACACCCUGUUUUUCAGAAUGUUUAUGAUUAUAUAAAGGUAUUUGCUAAUCUAAACAGGGUUGAGCUUAGAAGUGGAGCUGCUAGUACGGGCUCACGAGUGUCACACCUUAGCCUGUAACAUGGAAGGCAUUGCAACUGUGCUCCGGAAUGGACGAGUUCUCACUUCAGCGCUGGCAGAAAGCGGAGAUUAUAUGCUCAUGGUAAUUACCCCACAAUUAACGACUUCGAAGGUUUUUUCUUUCUUAGUUGUUGCAAACAGGAAGUUCCAUGGUAAUGUUUUGCUUGUUGUAGGUUCGUUUGUUGACUGGUGUUGGUCGAUUCAAUGAGAUGUCUUACAUCUUUGACACGCUGUUUGAACAUGAGUACUUUGAACUGCUCUGCCGCAAGGGGAUAGAAAAGGUAACUUCUUGCUUUUUAUUGAAAAAUGUUUUAAGUCGUUUUUUUCGUCUUUUCAUCCAUUUUAGUCUUUUGUGGGUUGGUAGCUUGCGCCGUAGACGAACCUCAACCUCUGGUUAAGUCCGUCUGCGAGCCAGAGCUGAAAUCCUUGUCCUGGAUCCCCACCUGUGUAUCAGGAUUUACAGUCAAGGCAGGUCAAGCGUACCCCUCAAUAUUCUUUCAGUGAAUUGAUUAUUAGAAAAAUGAAUCCGUUAGUCGUUCCCGUAACUGGUGUCAAAUUCACAUCGGCAUUCCUGCAUGCGUAAUGAGCAGUGAAUAUUUUACGAGAUCUUCUCUGUAUUUGGUCAGAUUGAAAAUCUUUGAAUGGAUAAAAUUACUUCUAAGGCCUUUAAGUCAAUUCAGAUAAAACUGAGCUGGUAGAAAUUCCAUAACUGCCUCGCGUGUUGAUUAAUGGCAAUUACGCAUGCAAGAAUGCAGAGAUGAAUCUGAAAUUUACAACUCCCAACGCGUAUCAAACUUUGCCUAUUGUUAGGGUUGCAUUUUUGGAAGACAAUAGUGCUUUUGUUUCUCACAUUCUUUUGUGUUUCGAUAAGUGGCGUUCGACCUUUAAUCGGGUAUGAUCGGUAAAUUUUCGGUGUGACAUUUUUUCACUCAGUAGUGGUCUAGUGGGGCAAAACUUUAGGCGACACACAAAACGAUCAAACACGGCUCUUUGACCAGAGAGAUAGCACAUUGAAUUAAGCUUUAUCCAUUCAUGAAGCCUGCAUGAAAUAAAAACUUCGGGUAUUGUAGCUAGGAACUUCAAAUUUGGAAUUUGGAAUCUUGGGGGGUAUGCUUGACCUGGCUUGAAUGUAAUGACGGGCCAUGAUUGGCCUGUUAAAAGAGCCAUUGUCAAUUUGCCAAUAAUGUUGAAGGGAAAUUCGCACUUCUGUUAAUUUUUUGAGUCCGUUGGCGGUCCAGAACACGGAUCUCGGCGGCGCUACUUUCGGCGCAGACGUUACCUUCUGCGGUUAGAUAACAUCUGCGAGGCAGGCUAGUGUGCGGGCCUCGUCAGCUGGUUUUUUGUUUAAAAAUGAGUUUCUCGAAAAACUUUGGUGCUUCGUUCCACAAAUAAUAGUAGUUAAUAACGAGUUUAAAAAGAAUAGAAUCCAUUUUGGUCGUUACUUCUGUAGAAAAGGGUCGUUGAUUUCUGAUUUUAUCAGCAGGCAUCGAUAUUUAACGUUGCGUUUGGGGGAAAACAGUAGGUAGCUUACGCAACCAGGACAGCGAUAACAGCGGAAACGUCAGAUAAAAGGUGAAUUCUCGCUGUUUCAGAGUUCAUCGCUUUUAUACCAUUUGGUUCAAUUUGGCAAAGGUAGUGAAAUUUGUUUGGAGCUGAAUUCUUAAGAACCGUACCUAAGUUCCGACAAGGAAACAGAUAAUCGUUCCCUUGUCUUCACGUCCUCUACAAAAAGUGAAAUUAGGAAAUUUCAUGUCGUAGUCGUACGGUGACGGUAAAGAAAUGUACCAGAAAGCGUGAUGCACGUGCAGAGUUGUUGUUUAGGUUAUCUAAACCUAUUGCUUUUUUGACGUUCUUGUUGACAUCGCCGUCAUCGUUGCGUAAGCUCCUUAUUUGCUUUGAGUAGACGCCACUUUCCAAACUUAACAGUGAUAGCAAAAGUGGCGCACUCGCUUCUUACCAAUGUGGCCCAGUUUUCUAUUUACGGGUAGCCCUGUUUUCCCAUCUCCUCAAAACACGACGCGUGCCACCAAUUUAAGUUCGAAAGAACGGCACCUGUUAAAAAGUUCUUUAAAGCCUUUGGUGUAUCGUAGAUAACAAAUUACAUUUAAAUCGUUUUCGUUCCAGGAAAAUAAGCUUAAAGUUGCCCUUCUCGAAUAUCUGCGAAGACAACACCCAGAUGACACAGACAAGUUUUCCAUGGUGGCUCAUCACUUUAGCAUGCAUCGAGAGAUCGCCCAGACUCUGGAAGAGACAGCUCUUAAACAACUUGCUAACUUAGGAGAUUGCUUUCCAGGUAUCGAGUCAGUAGCCACCCACGCAAAUAUUUUUACUUAUAUGUAACGAACAAAGAGCUUAUAUUGAUUGAGUGAUUGAUUGAUUGGCAGCAUUCCCCUCUUAUUGGUCAGAAUUAAAGCUGCUGUCAAUAACAGUGCUUCUCGGUUGUGAGCCUGUUCAUGUAUACACUCGGAUUUUGCUGCUGCCAUUCUCCCAGCUCCUACCUUUCCAUGAAACAAUUAUCAUUUUGACUGCAUCAUUUUUUAUACCUUAGAGAAAAGGAGCGGUCAGGGGUUAACAGAUAAAGGUGAGUAGUAAUAUUUCACACGAUAGUAAAGUGGCCAUUCGUUACGUAUUUAGUUGUUGCUGUAACCGUCAUACUGUGCCAAAAUUCUUGAUAUUAUUCCACUCACGCACAGCGUUAUCAAUGGAAAACGAACACAGGAGGUGUGCUACAAUGGAAGCUUAUAAAUGGCUUACUCUCUCAGCUCUAUGGCGUGAACUCCUCACUUCCCACCCCGGUGUCUUGAGGUCAUCAAAUGAAUCUCGUUGGUGACUAUCAUUUUUCUUUGUCCCGCGCAGGGAAUAUCAUUAGCAAUACAUCCUUCUCAAGUACUUUUCACUGGGUAACUUGUUUAUUUGUCAGGUGCUGAGGUGUUUUACGAACUGAACUCCAUUAAGAAGUGUUUCUGUUAUGCCUCGGAUAACUACACCAAGGUGAGUGCGUGUCAUGUCACUUGUUAGGUUGAGUGCGUGACAUGUGACAUGUUAACGCGUGACUUCUUGCGUGCUAAGGUAAGUACGUUACUUGUCACAUGUUAGCGUCACCUUUGCUGAAUGACAACGAACCACUAAAAUGUUAAAAAAGGCCAAAUUUUCCGUGCAAUUUUUUCAUCUUCCUAUGUUAAUUAUGACAGGAAUUAUAACCUCAGGUAAAGCCCAGGAGAUUCACACUUGGAUUUUUAAAAGCAUCCGGGGCACACGCUUGAGGGAGAAAUGCAAUACAAACACAACAUAACAUUCAAUUCUUCUUCUAAUUUUUUUUUGGUGCCCUUUUCAAUCUUCAAAUAAAAGUGCUAUUUUGUUAGACUGACGUAGCAUUGAUACUUAAGAUUCGGUUGGCAAUUCACAGGAGAACUGCUGGCGGCAUUCACAGGUUUGUCUCAGGAUGGCUCGGUUGGUUCAUCUCCAAAUCCAGAUUCUUCCCACUGGUGUGACUGUGGUCAAUCUUGAUGAACAUUCUCUUAAGAGGUUCCUUGCUAACCAUGGUAACUUUUUCCAGGUAAGAUUCUUGGCGUUUUUUUCAAGCUACAGCCACGGAUUGACGGAUCACGAGGCUUACUAACAGUACUCACACCACCCUGACCCAGUAAUUAACCAAUAGGACAACCAACAGAAGUUUCCACAAACAACACCCAGCCAUUUCGUGCCUUUUGUGUAAAGCUGAUUAUUUUCACAACUUAGGGAGUGUUUACAUAACACCGGGGCGACUUUCGCGCCUGCACGAGUUCACUCCGGUUCCCUCUCAUAGCACUAUAUUUGUUCAUGCCGGCGCGAGUCAUCCCGGCGUGAGUUCACCCCCGUUGUUGUACCGGGGCGAGAAUUUUACCCCGAGACGAAAUCUCGCAACGGCAUCAUGUAAACGAGACAGAAGACACUCUCUGCAUUCUUUCCCUCGUCCCCUCCCACCUUCGUUUUCUCGUUUCAUCUCUUACUUUGCGACACAUGAAGGAAAAACACACCAAAAAACCCGCUUGCUAUUUAGGCUAAGAUACCUAAGUCUAAAAUUUCGACUAAAAAUCUUGUUAACGGACCGAUCAUUCGGUUAUUUAUUUCCCGCAGUCUCUUUUGGUUGCUGACGCGUACAAGAAGCGUGAUAUAUGUGUUUGGGUUGACGCUGUCUACAAUCAAGUGGUUGUUAAAGGCAAUUUUAACUAUCUUCAAGACAUGCGUUCGGCCUUGCCUAUCACUAACAAUCUUUAUGUUGAUGUCGCUCACAAGUAAGUCACAUGCAUGUUGUACCAGCUAAAGAGUUGGUAAUUUCAUUUUCUUUUCUUUUUUCUUGUGAUUAAUUGAGCGCACGGUAAUUAUCUAUCGGUUCGGCGCGUGUUAAGUUCUACAUAGUUGGUUUGAAAAGAGGUUAAAACUUGUCCAAACUGAGUAGAGUUCUUACUACUCCUGGGAAAUCCUCUUUUUUCUGGAAAACUGGAAUUUUAUAAUUUUAUUGGAUAAUUGUGACAGUAUGUUAUGGAGAAAUAGAGGCUGUUGAAUUCAAUAGCUAAGUUUUAACAUAACGCAUUAAAAGCACUUAAUUGGCAUGAAAAUUGGAUGGACCUUUUUGCAUCAAACGCACUUUAUUAGCAUCAAAAUUUUCCUCUUUGGGUCCUGAAGUUGUCACUUUUCUAACCUAGAAAACUCCUGAAAUUUCAUUCCUUGUCAAUACUUCGAUCCCUAUAAGUAGAGCAUACAUUGUACCUCCCAAAAUACCAUAUUCAACAUAUAAAAACAACGGAAUUGCUUUUGCUUUUUAAUUGGUCAUAAGUGUAUGUGACAACCUACCGCCCUAGACUAUUCCACGAAUUCGGCCGUAAGUCUUAAUGUAAUUUCCUCAUCUCUUAGGUACAAGAAUGAAACUUAUCGUUCAUCACAAGCUGCAACCAACAUGAAAAAACUCUUGGGAUUUGUAAAUGAUUUGCGCAUGCGUUACAAACUAGCUACUGACCUGAACUUCCGUGAUCUGGGUACUAGUAUUCUUGAAGGUGAUGGAGGUGCCUUUUUAAGAGACGUGAUGGUGCCAUGAAGUGGUGUGUGUAGCUGGAAUUAAGGAACAAACCGCUGGCUUCCUGUUUACAAGCUCAAGAGAAAAUAAUAACAAAGCAAAGUUUAUGGCUCUUACUUACAAUCAAGUUGGAAAAGAUGCAGCGCGAAAGCAACUUCUCGUCCUGUCGACUCAAUAAAUUGUCUCAUAACAAAGACUGUGUUUAAUGCGCUGGAAUGCAACAGCAAAAGCAAUUGUCCGCGACACGAUGACACAACCUGAAAAUAUCAGUUAACUUUUCAAGUGGUAUUUUUUUAAUCUUUAUCUUCGUUCAAGGCGUAGCUCUACCGUAAAUAGUUUCAUUGAACCUAUAAAGUAAUUAGAAAACUUAAGUAAUGUUCGUUUUACCAAAUACGUCUCUUGGUUUUUUUUUAUAAAUGGCCCUCUAAAUGGCAGAAAGGAGUAAUUUUGCGAAUGGCGUAUUGUUGUUAAUAGGAGACUUGACGCCAAACAUGCUUAAGAUUAGGAUCUCUGUGUCUAGACCACAGAAAUUUUCCUACUAUUGUAGUAGGUAAUAGGGUAAUUAAAACGUAAUUAAUUACAUAUAUUAAUAAUCUAUGUCCAGAGAAAUAAUUUAUUUUAUUUUAUUUCAAUAUAUUUGCUACUAUUAAAAAAUAUGGUGC